CCGAGGGUCGGGGGUCGGGCUGGCGGCGGUGGUGGCCGGCGCCCCGGUAGCCGCUUGCGGGCCCUGCAGAGCUGCGUGGCUCUCGGCUAGUUGGGGUUACACGCGAUUAGAGUGUAGACAGCGCUCCGUGCUGCGAGUCGGGCUGAAGCGUGUUCCCACUGGGUGGCUGCCGUUGUCUGACUUUAGCGGGAAUGGUUCUGGGGCUUGAUUUUUGGCUCCUAAGUCUGUGAUGUCUCCUAGGUUUCCGUUGCUCUUUUUUCGGCCGCAGCUUUACCCCUUUACAUCUCUUCACGGUUUUCCAUUCCUUUUAGACAUCCCAGACCCGUGUCAGUAAGAAAGAAGGUUCUGUUGCUUUGACAGGGGUUAGGUGCUGUUGUAGGUGCUGGAGACGGAGAGGGAACUGCAGGGGACCCUGCCCUCAGGGUGCCUCCUGCCCGCCGCCUGCAUUUCCUGCACGUCUGCCAGGUGCCCUCCGGUGUCUCCUGGCAGGAGAGCAGGCUGUGCUGCUGCGGUCCUGACUCCCUGAGCCUCGUUCUUGGCCUCUGGUGACUUUGGCACCGCAACCUGCUGUUUCUGCACAGGGUGACAAGCUCUCUUGUGGCUUGGCUCUGGGAGGACAGGCUAGGCUCUUGGGCCAUGCUGGUGUCCCGUUGUCCAUCGCUCUGCCCCCCUGCUAGCCCCAGCCUUGGGUCAGAGCCGUCAGGCCACACUCACCCGACAAACAGUGGGUGUUCCGGGGUGGGGGUCAUGCCACAGUCCCGGGGCUCCCCCAAGCGGGAGUGCCUGCUUUGGCCAGGCUUCUCUCAUCCCCUGUAGGUGUGCAUGUGUGCAGACUCCUGGUUCCUGCAAUCUCGUGACGCAUUCUGGCAGCGCAUAGGAGUCAUGGAUGUGGACGCCGAAAGAGAGAAGAUAGCAAAGGAGAUUGAAGAGCUAGAAAGGAUUCUGGAUCCCAGCUCCUCCAGUAUCGGCGUGGAGGUCUCGGAGUCUGGUCUUGCGCUGGACUCGGAAGCAGACUCGCUGCCUGAUGAGGACUCGGAUGCUGCCGGUUCCCGGGUCUCGGAAGAGGAGAGGUGGGGAGGGGCCAGCAAUGGUGAGGAUGACCCCAAGGAGAAGAUCCUCCCUGAAGACCCAGAGACCUGCCUGCAGCUGAACAUGGUCUACCAGGAGGUCAUCCAGGAGAGGCUGGCAGAGGUCAGCCUCCUGCUGGCCCAGAACCGGGAGCAGCAGGAGGACAUCAUGUGUGACCUGGCAAGGUCCAAGGGCCCCAGGGUGAAGGACGGCAAGAGUCUGCCCCCGAAUCUGUACAUAGGGCACUUCAUGAAGCCCUACUUCAAGGACAGGGUCACCGGGGUGGGCCCUCCCGCCAAUGAGGACACACGGGAGAAGGCCGCCCAGGGCAUCAAGGCCUUUGAAGAGCUCCUGGUGACCAAGUGGAAAACCUGGGAGAAGGCCCUGCUCAGAAGGUCGGUGGUGAGCGACCGCCUGCAGCGCCUGCUUCAGCCCAAGCUACUGAAGCUGGAAUACUUGCAUCAGAAGUGGAGUCGGGCGACCAGCGAGGUGGAGAGGGAGCUCCUGGAGAAGCAGAGCAGGGAGGCGGAGAGGGAGGUCCAGGACAUCCGGGAGCUCCCAGAGGAGGCCUUGCUGGGGGACAGGCUGGACAGCCACGACUGGGAGAAGAUCUCCAACGUGAACUUUGAGGGCGGCCGCAGCGCAGAGGAGAUCCGGAAGUUUUGGCAGAACAGCGAGCACCCGAGUAUCAACCAGCAGGAGUGGAGCGGCCCGGAGCUGGGGCGGCUGCAAGCCCUCGCCGCCAAGCACGGUCACCUGUGCUGGCAGCGGGUCGCUGAGGAGCUGGGGACCAACCGCAGCGCCUUCCAGUGUCUGCAGAAGUUCCAGCAGCACAAUAAGGGGCUGAAGCGCAGGGAGUGGACGCCAGAGGAGGACCGGCUGCUCACCCAGCUCGUCCAGGAGAUGCGCGUCGGCAGCCACAUCCCCUACCGGAGAAUUUAUGGUUUUGUCUGUCACCUGUGUUUCUGGUGCCGUACCUCGACGCCAGGACGGCCACGGGAGGGCGUUUUGGCGCCUGACACAGCCCGUGUCCCCGCGGCCCUCAGGUACCUCAGAAGGCUGCACUUUGGCCUGAAGAAGGGGCGCUGGAGCGCCAAGGAGGAGGAGAAGCUGACAGAACUGAUAGAAAAGUACGGCGCUGGUCACUGGACACGAAUCGCCUCGGAGCUGCCCCAGCGGACAGGCUCCCAGUGUCUCAGCAAGUGGAAAGCCAUGGUCAGGAAGAUGCAGAGGCGGGGGCGCCGGCGGCGCCGGCGGCCCCCUCGCAGCGUGCGCUGGAGCUCCAGCAGUGGGGACAGCAGUGAUGGGGACAGCAGCAGCAGCAGUGGUAGCAGCAGCACCAGGGACAGUGAGGACUCGGAGCCAGAAGAAGCCCCCGAGGCCCCGGCAGCCGGCCAGGUGCUGCCCUUGGCACAGCACACUGUGCCAGACAUGGCCCUGUGGGUGCCUGUCAGGCAGGGGGGCGCGUGGGGCGGGCCGGGGCGCUGUGCUGCCCCACCCAGCCUUCCCAGCGGCUGUGAUGGGGCUCCCAGAGUGGCUGGCCCCCCAGCCUCAGCCCCCGCACAGGCGGUGGGCCAGGCGCCCAGCCCAUCCGGGACCUGCAGCUCCAGUGCCAGCGCUAUCGGCCGCCCGGGCUCAGCGGAGCCUCCCCCCGCAGACUCCAAGGGGCCCGCGGACAAGAGUGGGAGUCACGUGCUCAAGGUGCCCCUGGAGACUGUGCUGCAGGUGCUGAGGACCAACACGGCCCACCGGCGCUGGACACUGGAGACACUGAGGCAGCCGUGCCUGCCCAGCUCAUCAGCGGCGGCCGGCCCCAGUGGCGGCGGCGUGGCCGUGCCCGGCCUCGGGCAGCGGUGGCCCAGGCCCGUGGGGAGCAGGCGGCGGUGGCGGGGACACUCGCUGCAGAGGAGGCUCCUCGCGCGCCAGCUCCUGAUGGCCGUGAGCCCGUGGGUGGGCGACAUCGCCCUGCCCUGCGCCCCCCUGAGGCCUGCCGGGGCGCACACCCGAGCCGACGCCAUCAGGAAGCAGCUCCAGGACGCGCGCUUGGCCAGCACCCCGGUGUUCACCCUCUUUAUCCGGCUGUUCCAGAUCGACACUGCUGGCUGCAUGGAGGUCGUUCGAGAGAGGAAGGCCCAGCCUCCUGCCCUGCUGCAGGCCGGCGCUCGGGACCCAGUGCCUGGGCUCCUACCGAUACCUUCGCGCACCCGGAGCACCACAGGCCCCGGCUCCUGGAGCGCGCCGGCCCGAGAAGCGGCGAAGCAGAGCGCCAGCCACAAAGGGAGCAGGGGGCCGCAGGCACCCCCGCCAGCGCCAUGUGGCCCCCGGCCUAAGCCUAAGACUGUGUCGGAGCUGCUCCGGGAGAAGCGGCUGCGGGAGGCCCGGGCCAAGAGGGCCGCCCUGGGCGCGGCGGCUCUCCCGACCCAGCUGCUGCUCGCCUCCCCGCUGCUGCUCCAGCCCCACCUCCCGGGGGCCCCCCGCGGCCCCUCGGCUUCGGGCCUGGCUGUCACAGCCUCGGCGCUCUCCGGGCCUAGCGCCCCUGCAGCAACGGAGCCGCCCGCUUCAGGCUCUCGAGCCUCGGCCCAGGACGGAAGGCCCUCCACCCUGCCGGCCCUGGCUGGUGCCCCGGCCUCCAGAGACUCUGCCCCUGCUGCCUCUGGGGUGUCAGUGCUGGGCCCCAGCCAGGUCCCUGUGAACUGCCGUCAAGGUGGCCUGGGACAGUCUCAGGCUCCUGUCACGUCCCGGAAGCAGGGCUUGCCAGAGGCACCGCCCUUUCUCCCCGCAGCCCCCAGCCCCACACAGCUGCCUGUCCAGCCCGUCAGCCCAACACCAGCUGUGGGCACGCGUGAAGGUGGGGCGCACGUGGUGGCCGGCGCCUCUCUGCCUGUUGCCUGGGUGCUCACGGCCCAGGGGCUGCUCCCCGUGCCCACCGUGGUGGGCCUUCCGAGGCCAGCAGGGACCUCUGACCCCAAGGGAUUGUCCGUGGUUCUGCCACCCUCUCUCCCUGGGACGCAGAUGGGCCAGCGUCCCAGGCUCCCCGGGCCGAGCCACCCCUGGCAGCCCCUGGCCAGCAGGGACACAGACUCAGACCCUCCCUCCAGGACAGACCCACUGGGCCUUCCGACACCCCACCAGUCCCAACGUUCUGUGCAAGUGGACAGUGACGGGGCCCACGGCCCUGGGGGGCUCUCCUGCCCUGGAGAGGCCCAGGUGGUCGGGGAUACAGCCGUGCCCGCAGCACCCACCCAGGCCACACUCCUGGACGACCACCCUGAAGCAAAGUUCCCCUGCCCUAGCCAGCCGUCUCUGCGGGGUGGCACAGGCCCUGGGAGUGGCCCAGGAGGGAAAGCAGAGUCCCCCUCGGAGCCUGAGGGACUCAGAGAGCCUCCCGGCCUGGAGAGGCCGCCCCCACCCCGGCCUGGGCCUGAGAGGGGCGCCCUGGACUUGGACCUCUUGUCCCGGGAGAGUGAGGCCGUCGUGCAGGAGUGGCUGAGGGGACAGUGUGGGGUGAGCGUGCCCCCGCUGGGGUGCAGGCUGCCUUACCAGCCCCCCGCCCUGUGCAGCCUGCGGGCCCUGUCGGCGCUCUUGCUCCACAAGGCGGCCUUGGAGCGCAGAGCCGCCUGCCUCGUGCCGGGGGGCACCGGAGCCCCGCACGCCUCGCUGGGUCAGGUGCGGAGACGGCUCCGGGACAGCCCCGCCUACCUGCUGCUCAAGGCCCGGUUCCUGGCGGCCUUCACCCUCCCCGCGCUCCUGGCCACCCUGUCCCCCGACGGCGUCCCCACCACCCUGUCCGUAGCUGCAAGGACUGACUCUGAGAGCGAGGACGACCUGGGCCUGGGGGGGUCGGAGCUCGCGGACAGCUGCUCCACGAGUGGUCCUCGGGCGGGGCCGGCAGCCGCCACCCCCAUCCAGGGAGCCCCAGACCCUGGGGAGGGCUCUGUCCCUUCCUGCCUGGACGGUUCUGACCACCUUGACGUGCUCAGAACCCGGCACUCCUGGCAUGCCCGCAAGAGGAGGCGGCUGCUGUGAGCUGCAGGAGGUGGAGAGCCGUGCCGCACCUGCGCAGCCCACGGCCCUGCAGGAGGAAACAGCUGCACGUCCGGGAGGCUCUGCCCGCAGUGAGCGUGGGGCCGCAGGGCCUUGGCUGGUCCGCACGCACAGAUCGCGGCGUUUGAAGGAAUAAAGUGAAUGGCUUCUUUUUUUAUUAAAAAUCAA